AUGACCAAGGUCACCGAGGCCGUCAAAGCAACGCUCGUGGGCAAGGAGGAGGAGCUCCAGUUGUCGCAACAGAUAAAAGCCAAUUUCGUACAGUUUGCGCAAAAGGACGAGACAACUGGAGAGCAGUAUAUGACAGAGGAGGAUUUUGUUAAUGCAAUUGCUCCACGCAACCAAGACUACCACAAAAUUAGGCGCGAUCAAUACGGAAUCCUCUUCCAGGUAGCCGAUCGCCGAAAGACCGGCCGAAUCAAUCUCACAGACUGGGCAGCUUUUGAGAACUUGCUCGCUAAGCCCGAUGCCGAAUACGAAAUCGCCUUCCGCUUAUUCGACAUAGACGGAACUGGCGCCGUCAAGUUCGACACCUUCAAGAAGCUAUAUGAUCAGAAUAAGGACAACGAGAGCAUACCGUUUGAUUGGAACUCAGAAUGGGCGUCUCUGUACAUUGGCAGGAAAAAGUCUCGCCAUGAUAUGACAUAUCCACAGUUCGCCCAAAUGUUGCGAGGUCUGCAAGGCGAGCGCAUUCGCCAGGCAUUCCACCUCUUUGACAAGGAUGGCGAUGGAUACAUUGCCCCAGAAGACUUCCAGCGAAUUAUUCUGGAGACUUCGAAGCACAAGCUAUCGGAUUACUUGCUAGAACAUCUCCCUACUCUCUGCAACAUUUCUACCGGAAGCAAGAUUUCCUACGCCAAUGUCCGCGCCUUCCAAAAUAUUAUUCGCGAGAUGGACAUCAUCGACGUGAUCAUUCGUGAGGCUACGAAGAAAAGCCCAGAUGGGAAAAUCACUCGGACCGAGUUUCUUAACGAGUCUGCUCGUAUCACUCGUUUCUCACAAUUUACACCUAUGGAAGCAGAUAUUCUUUUCCACUUUGCAGGCUUGGAUGCGCCUAGCGGAAGGCUUUCACUCAAAGACUUUGCUAAAGUCAUCGACGCCUCGUGGCAUAUCUCUGAUCGCUCCUUGGCUACACUGGCUGAUGGUUCCGUCCAAGAAGUCGCCGAAAAGACGUCGUCAAUUCUGCAUAAUAUCCUCGAAUCCGCGCACCACUUUGCCCUCGGAAGCAUUGCAGGUGCCUUUGGAGCAUUCAUGGUGUACCCUAUUGACUUGGUCAAAACACGCAUGCAAAAUCAGCGAAGCGGUCGCCCCGGUGAGAGACUAUACAACAAUUCUCUCGAUUGUGCCAAGAAGGUGAUUCGAAAUGAAGGUGUCCUUGGGUUGUAUUCCGGUGUUGUGCCCCAACUCAUUGGGGUCGCUCCCGAGAAAGCUAUCAAACUUACUGUUAAUGACUUUGUCCGAGGCUAUGCCACCGACAAGGAAACUGGUAAGAUUAAAGUGCCUUGGGAAGUUUUUGCUGGUGGUAGUGCUGGUGCCUGUCAAGUUGUUUUCACCAACCCCCUGGAAAUCGUUAAAAUUCGGCUUCAAGUCCAGGGUGAGCUUGCUAAGAAUGUCGAGGGAACCCCGAAACGUUCUGCGAUGUGGAUUGUCAGAAACUUGGGUCUCAUGGGAUUAUAUAAGGGUGCUAGUGCUUGUCUUCUUCGUGAUGUUCCUUUCUCUGCCAUUUACUUCCCGACCUAUGCACACUUGAAGUCUGACUUCUUCGGAGAAUCGCCCUCAAAGAAACUGGGCGUCGUACAGCUGCUCACAGCUGGCGCUAUCGCCGGUAUGCCAGCUGCUUACCUUACAACUCCAUGUGACGUGAUCAAGACUCGCCUGCAAGUCGAAGCUCGUAAAGGAGAAACAAAGUAUACAUCUUUGCGUCACUGUGCUUCAACGAUAUGGAAGGAGGAAGGGUUGAAGGCUUUCUUCAAAGGCGGCCCUGCCCGUAUUCUUCGUUCGUCACCGCAGUUCGGGUUUACACUAGCUGCAUAUGAAGUCCUUCAGAACAUGCUACCUUUACCCGGAUCAGCAGAAGAGGCUCCAUCUCUUUCAACUGUGGAAACCUCGUCCGUGCCUUCGACUAGCGCCCCGCUACCAUACUUGCGAUCAAGGAAUGCCCUGAAAUUGAUACUGGAUUUGGAUGAGAACUUUGGUCGCAUCCGAAUUCCUGAUGCUACCUCACUCCCGAAAAUAUUCGGCCGGUCUCAGCAGUAG